UGACACCGCCUUUUUUUGUCUUCUUAGUGGUGGUGGUGGGAGGGCAUGAGAUGAGGCUGGGGACGGGGCCUGGGCUCACCUCAAGGCAUUUGCUUAACCCAUCACUGCUCCAGACAGCUCAGUCUCACUGCCACCAGGAAGCCCUCCUGGACGCUCCAGCGGGGCCCACGCCUCCGCUGUGCGCACCAAAGACGCGGCGCUUCCCCAGGCACCCUCUGCAGAAGGGUCCGUCUGUCUUCCAGACCGGCCUGGGGGCUUCAUCAGCACCGUUACCUGGCCCUCUCCUCUGCCUCCCGAAGCACCCAGCUUGGCGCAGCCUGCCGGGACCGCUGGCGACAGAUGGUCUCUCUGGCUUUCCCUGGCACCGGCUCUGCUCGGGUUACACUCGCGGCCGGAGGCUCUGCAGGCACGCGGGAAGCCGGCCCCUCGGUGCGGGGCGCUAGCGCGCUCUGGCACCACCUCCGAGUCGGUGGAGGGAGAAGAACACUGCGCCUGUUCCGCCCGAGCUCUCGGCUGGUGGAGGGGGCGAAGUACCUCUCCCCACCCCGCCCGAGGGGUCCGGGACAGACGCCUGAGAAGAGGAGAGGCGGCAAGGGGACCUUCCCAGGUCAGCCGCCUCUAAGUCACACCGGGCAGCGCGUGGAGCAGCGGGGACCGGGAACUGUGAGGCACAUCCCUCUGGCCCGCCAUGGCGCGAGGAGACAUUCCGCAGGACAGCUACCACCUGGUCGGGAUCAGCUUCUUUAUCCUGGGACUGGGCACUCUUCUUCCCUGGAACUUCUUCAUCACUGCCAUCCCGUAUUUCCAGGGGCGGCUGGUGGGCGCCAACAGCACCACCGGGACCCUGGGCACCAACCAUACUGGCCCUGCAGACACCUUCAACUUCAACAACUGGGUGACGCUGCUGUCCCAGCUGCCCCUGCUGCUUUUCACACUCCUCAACUCUUUCCUGUACCAGUGCAUUCCUGAGACGGUGCGGAUUCUGGGCAGCCUGCUGGUCAUCCUGCUGCUCUUUGCCCUGACGGCGGCACUGGUCAAGGUGGACAUGAGCCCUGGGCCCUUCUUCUCCAUCACCAUGACCUCUGUCUGGUUCAUCAACUCCUUCGGUGCAGUUCUGCAGGGCAGCCUCUUUGGGCAGCUGGGCACCAUGCCUUCCACCUACAGCACCCUCUUCCUCAGCGGCCAGGGCUUGGCUGGGAUCUUCGCUGCCCUUGCCAUGCUCAUGUCCAUGGCCAGUGGUGUGGAUGCCCAGACCUCUGCCCUGGGGUACUUCAUCAUGCCCUGUGUGGGCAUCCUCAUGUCCAUCAUGUGUUACCUGAGCCUGCCCCACCUGGAGUUUGCCCGCUACUACCUGGCCAAGAAAUCACAGGCACAAGCUCAGGAGCUGGAGACCAAAGCUGAGCUCCUCCAGUCUGAUGAGAAGAAUGGGAUUCCUAACAGCCCCCAGAAGGCAGCCCUGACUCUGGAUCUUAACCCUGAGAAGGAGCCGGAACUGGAGCUAGAGGAACCCCAGAAGAUAGGAAAACCUUCGGUUUUCAUUGUCUUCCAAAAGAUCUGGCUGACGGCGCUGUGCCUUGUAUCGGUCUUCACAGUCACCCUGUCUGUCUUCCCCGCCAUCACCGCCAUGGUGACCAGCUCCACCAGUCCUGGAAAGUGGAGUCAGUUCUUCAACCCCAUCUGCUGCUUCCUUCUCUUCAACGUCAUGGACUGGCUGGGACGGAGCCUGACUUCUUACUUCUUGUGGCCGGACCAGGACAGCCGGCUGCUGCCCCUGCUGGUCUGCCUGCGCGUCCUGUUCAUCCCACUCUUCAUGCUGUGCCACGUGCCUGAGAGGUCCCGGCUGCCCAUCCUCUUCCCACAGGAUGCCUACUUCAUCACUUUCAUGCUGGUCUUUGCUGUUUCCAAUGGUUACCUGGUGUCCCUCACCAUGUGCCUGGCGCCCAGGCAGGUGUUACCACAUGAGAGGGAGGUGGCCGGCGCCCUCAUGACCUUCUUCCUGGCCCUGGGGCUGUCCUGUGGGGCCUCCCUCUCCUUCCUCUUCAAGGCGCUGAUCUGAAGUGCUCUGUCCAGGACUCUCCCGGCAGCUCUCUUCUUGCUGGCCCCUUGAAAGACGAGACCCAACAUAGGGGAAUGGCGAGCCGGCUCAAGCCUCCGUUGGGCUGGGGCCCCUUGGUCUGGGGGUGCCAGGAGGAGGCAGGUGCUGCUCUCUCCCUCCCAGGCUGGCGGUCACUUGGGAUGCUGCAAGGAAGAAUUCACCACCAGUCAUUCCAACGCUCAUCCAGGAAUGGAGGUGACACACAGAGAUAGGCUAGCUAGACACGCGUAAGACCUCAUUGAAAGGGUGACAAUCAGGGAAAAGAAGGCCGAGGACCAUGGCCCUUCCUCCCCAUCCGGAGUGCAUUUGUUCAUCACAAGAAACCCACGUGAUGAUCGCCGCGGAUCAGAGGCCACCAGCAGGAUCGUGCCAAGGGUGUGGCUGGUGUGGCCCCAACCUCAAGUUCAGAGUGGGAGUAGGGGCCAGCCCAGGGCAGGAGCUCUUCUCCCCAGACCUCAGCAAUCCCGUGGUUACGUCUGUCGGACCCCAGGACAGAGGAUGUCAGGGAGGUUGAGGGGAACGGGGAGAAAGAGCAGGUGUUAGGGAUCUGAGGGUGCUCAAAGGACCCCCUGGGCCUCCAACAGUGUUUUUGUUGCCAACACGUACUGUCUCCACUCCCCAGAGCCCAGCUGGUUUGCAGUUAGCCUGCAUGCGUGCACUGCACUUUACAGUUUGCAAAGCUCUUCCAUACCCGUUCUCUCACGAAAGCCUCAUGGAGGCCCUUGGAAGGAACCAGGUAGGGAUUGCGUUCCCACUUUGUACAGGUGAGGAAACCGAGUCCCAGGGGGAAGUGACCGGUCCAUGGCAGAGCUCGGACCCAGCCCCCGCCUCCUCGCUGUAGGUGCUGCUCUUCCUGCCCGAUGCCUGCUUCUCUUUUCCUCAAGGGGCUCAAGGCAGGAACCCUAAGCACUCACUCCACCAUUUUGCUGUUUGUCCCACUGACCCUGCUCCUGGAUCUAAUAACAACCUUCUUCAUUUGUA